UUUACUUCGUCCAAAAUGAAGACCGUACUGUUGGUGAUCGCUGCUUUGGCAGUGGCUAGUGCUGAAUGGAUCGAAAUCGAUUGGUCCCAGGUUAAGCCGAUCGAAGAGUUCGACCACUAUUGGGCUCGUAUUCCGCAGGAAUGGCAGUUCCUGCGCAAGUUGACGCCAUCUCGCCGUGUCACCAAUGGACAGGAGGCCACUCCCGGUCAGUUCCCGUAUCAAAUUGCUCUGCUCAGUACCUUUGCUGGUGGUACCGGUCUCUGCGGAGGAACCGUGUUGACCAACAACUACAUUCUGACUGCUGCCCAUUGUGUCCAGAACGCUCAGGGAGGAACCGCUAUCAUCGGCGCUCAUGACCGUACUGUCACUGAGGCAUCUCAGCAGAGAAUCGCCUUCGGAUCAGGUGGUAUCACAAUCCACGCGGGAUACACUCCAACCAACAUCAGAAACGAUAUUGCCGUAGUGCGAUUGAACAGUGCCAUUGCUUUCAAUGAACGUGUCCAGCCUGCUCGUAUCCCGGCUGCAGGGGAUGGCCGUUCCUUCGCUGGAUUGACUGGAACCGUUUCCGGAUUCGGACGUACCACCGAUGCCAGCCAGGCCACUUCCGCUGUGAUCAGAUUCGCUAGCAAUCCAAUCAUGACCGAGGCCGACUGUCUGUCAAGCUGGGGCAACAACGCCAACAUCAUCCAGGCUCAGAACAUUUGCAUGUCCGGAGAGGGUGGUCGCUCGGCAUGUAACGGAGACUCUGGCGGUCCACUGACCGUUUCCGAUGGUGGCUCCCUGCAGGUCGGUAUCGUUUCGUUCGGAUCGGCCGCCGGCUGCUCGAUUGGAAUGCCGUCCGUGUACGUGCGCGUCACGCACUUCCGUCAAUGGAUCGUGGACAACUCCGAUUUCUCGUAA